AUGAAUUUCUCAAAAUUCAUUUGUUUAAAUAAUAUAUUAUCUCUAGACAAAUUGUUUUGUCAAUUUGUCGAUGAAUUGGAUUCAUGGUGGCUAGAUGUGACUGAUCUAUCAUAUGAAAUCACAAGAAUUCAUUCAUCCACAAAUAAACAUACAAUCAUAAUUGAUGAUGAAGAAGUUGUUCAAUUUUCCAUCCCGGCCAGCAACAAUUGGAAUGAUGCAUUAAUUCUGGCCUGCCUAAUAAAUAUGGAAACAAAACGGACGUUGUCAAAUAUUUUUGAUCACAUCACUAUAUUAAUGUGUGUACUGAAAUUUAAUUUUAUUGACAAAAAGUCAUUGAAAAAAAAACUAAAAGAACUGGUCAUAAAAAAUUAUCUUAUAAUUUUAUUUGAUAAUACACACAAAAUUUACAAUUUGAAUAUUGAACAUAUCUGGAAUGAAAUUAAUAAAAAUAUACACACAAAUAAAUAUGUCAAUGAAAUAUUGGCAAUACGACGAGAUACAUACUACACAACAGCCGUAUUCUACGAUGUAACUUUAUUUCUUUUAUUCUUAUACCAGCAAUAA